GACUUCCUGUUAUUCACUGCCCUGUGAAGACAGAAGAAGAAACAGAAUCUGCUUGAGCAGAGGAGAGAGAGGCAAUGAAUUCCAAAUGUCAGUGCGUGGAACUAAAUGAUGGCCACUUCAUGCCUGUGUUGGGAUUUGGCACCUAUGCUCCAGAAGAGGUUCCAAAGAGUAUGGCUACGGAUGCCACCAAAUUAGCUAUAGAUGCUGGGUUCCGCCAUAUUGAUUCUGCUUAUAUCUACCAAAAUGAGGAGGAGGUAGGAUUGGCCAUUCGAAGCAAGAUUGCAGAUGGUACUGUGAAGAGAGAAGACAUAUUCUAUACUUCAAAGCCUUUUCAGCUUUGGUCUACCUUCCAUCGACCAGAGCUGGUCCAAUCUUGCUUGGAAAGGUCACUGAAGAAACUUCAGUUAGACUAUGUGGACCUCUACCUUAUUCAUUACCCAGUAUCCAUGAAGCCAGGGGAAAACUCAUUUCCCACAGAUGAACAUGGAAAAGUAAUACCUGACGCAGUGGAUCUCUGUGCCACCUGGGAGGCCAUGGAGAAGUGUAAGGAUGCAGGAUUGGCCAAGUCCAUCGGGGUGUCCAACUUCAACCGCAGGCAGCUGGAGAUGAUCCUGAACAAGCCAGGCCUCAAGUACAAGCCUGUCUGCAACCAGGUGGAAUGUCAUCUUUAUCUCAACCAGAGCAAACUACUGGAUUUCUGCAAGUCGAAAGACAUUGUUUUGGUUGCGUACAGUGUUCUGGGAUCCCACAGAGAGAAAAAAUGGGUGGACCAGAACUCCCCAGUUGUCUUGGAUGAUCCUGUUCUUGGUGCCAUGGCAAAAAAGUACAAGCAAACUCCUGCCCUGAUUUCCCUUCGCUACCAGCUGCAGCGUGGGGUUGUGGCCCUGGUCAAGAGUUUCAGUGAGAAGAGGAUCAAAGAGAACAUACAGGUUUUUAAAUUUCAGUUGACUUCAGAGGACAUGAAAGUCCUAGAUGGCCUGAACAAAAAUAUUCGAUAUCUUACUCUUGACUCGACUGCUGGCCACAUUAAUUAUCCAUUUUCCGAUGCAUAUUAACAUGGAGGCCUCUCUCAUGACUUCCAGCAGAAGCCCCUGGACAUGGAUAGUGACAUGUAAGAUGUGUCAGGGGCAGAUAAGUCCAGCCACUACUUCUCAUGCAUUUAUGCUAAUUGUCACUUCUCAUUCUGCUGAAGCUAAAUCCACAGAUCUAGAAGGAAGGCACUAAAUUUUUGUCACAUUUUGAAAAAUAAAUACUGGUUUCCCUAACAUUU